UAAAAAGCGUAGUUUUGUUCGGACCGUGUUCGCGAACGGUGCGCGGUGUGACCAGUGGUGAAAAAAAAAACAUGAGGCACAAUAAUAAUGGGCAGACGGUUAAGCGGAGAAGGCGUUAGCAAACUCUCGGUCCUUGUACAGGACGAUUUAUGAGAGAGGUCCGCGACGAUGGAGUCACGAGCACGGAGGACUCGGUUGCGUAGCAUUGUAGGGAUAUGCUUGUUUCUCGCGCUCACAAGUAUCAUUUACCUCGGAUACUUCUGCCCUGAUCAUGUAUGCGCCCUGACGAAUCGUGAGAUUAAGGAGUCCGUAAGACUAUCCGAGGGUCUGUCCGCUGGCUCCGGCUUGUCUUCCGUCUCCGUCGAAUUCGACAAAAAUGGCCUGCUCUCCGUACAUCCUGCUUUUAGAUUGCAAAGCAUUCAAGGAAGUCUUGGUUACGACGAUGUGUUUACUAAUGAAACCUUCCAGUUCGAUAUAAAUGGACAUGAUGUCAUUGUUUUCCUACAUAUUCAAAAGACUGGAGGAACUUUAUUUGGCAAACAUUUAGUUAGAGAUCUGGAUCUGCAGAGACCAUGUUCUUGUCAAAGGAGACGUAAGCGUUGUUUUUGUUUCCGUCCAAAUCGCAAUGAAAACUGGCUUUUCUCGCGAUAUUCUACUGGUUGGAAAUGUGGGUUGCAUGCUGACUGGACAGAAUUGACUAGUUGUGUUGAUGCUGAAUUAAAUAAAAUUGAAGGGGAGGGAAUAAAGCGUAGAUACUUUUAUAUAACUAUAAUAAGGAACCCUGUUGCGCGAUAUCUAUCCGAAUUUAGACACGUGCAAAGGGGUGCAACGUGGAGAGGUGCCCGUCAUUGGUGUGGAGGAACCCAAGCUAAUAUACCACAAUGCUACCCUGGAUCGAAUUGGCAAGGAGUCUCUUUAGAACAGUUUAUGGCCUGCCCAUAUAAUUUGGCAAGCAAUCGCCAAACCAGAAUGUUGGCUGAUCUAUCAGUUGUUGGUUGUUACAAUUCUACACUCAGCAGCUUGGAAAGAGAUCGUCUCAUGUUGGCUAGUGCUAAACACAAUUUACAAUUUAUGCCUUUCUUCAUGUUGACUGAAUACCAAAAAGUGGGACAGUAUUCUUUUGAGGAAACAUUUGGAAUGAGAUUUGCUAUUGCAUUUGAGCAACAUAAUGCAACACUGAGUGCUGCUACAAUGGCCACCCUCAGUGCUAAACAAUUAGAUGCAGUGCGUAGGCUUAACAGACUAGAUCUUGAACUAUAUGAAUUUGCAAAGAUCCUUGCACUUCAAAGAUUUAAACGGCUUAGAGAUGGUGAUCCAUAUUUUGUACAACGAUUUCAACAUCUUGGUGAACUACCCGCACGGCAGAGUGCAACAGAAUUCAAUUGGGAUUCUGUUAUUGAGGAUACCACAGAUGUUGAAUGAUAUAAGUAAGUAUAUUAUAAAUAGGUAAUACCGAUGCUUUGUAUUCAUAGCUAAGCAAACGAAGUUGCUUUGAAUCUGAGUAUCUCAGGGGAAUCACCCUUGAAAGAAAAUGUUUUACAUAGAAUUAUUGUAUGCGGAUAUCUGCAUGUAACUUACCAAAAGUGUUAUAGAAAUUAACUUGGAUAAAACCAAAGAGAGCUCGGAGGAUCUCAGUGUAAUCCUCUUUCAAUAGCUAUAUAUAAAAGUAUAUAUGAAAUAACAAGUUUUUUUAUGAUUUUUAUAAUAU